AUGGAUAACCGUGGCAAGGCCAUCUUUUCCUUUAUGUUUGAUGAUGAUUCAGAUGAUGAAGAAUAUCAUCAGAGAGUGAUAGAAGCCAUUGUCCACCAUACUUCACUAGAGAAUGAAGCCACCAAACACGGUGGGUCGGUAGUCGGUCGUGUGUACAAGAACCGUGAGAGGGAAGAUCGCCAUCGCAAUCUCAUGUCCGACUACUUCGUUGAAAGGCCACAUUGUAAUACUACCGACUUUCGUAGGCUAUUCCGAAUGCGGAAAGAGUUGUUUUAUCGCAUCUUGAAUGAUGUUGUCAACCACGAGCCAUACUUUGGCCAAAAAAAAAAGGGGCUAGGUAGACAAGGGCUAUCCCCUGAGCAAAAGUUAACUGCUGUCUUUCGUAUGCUCGCAUGGGGAUGCUCAGUUGACGUGACCAACGAGUACUGUAGAUUGGGUGAAAGCACAGCUCUUGAGUCACUCUGUAAGUUUUGUUGCGCUGUUGAAGCUUUGUAUGGCCAAUGGUACCUCAAGUCUCCAAAUCCAGCUGACCUUUACAAGCUAUUGCACGAGGCUACUUUGGUGAAGACCAUCUCUUCUUCUGAUAACCCAAAGAAGAGCCUUUUUACACAAAUCCAAGAAGCGUACAAGAAGGAUGUUGAAAGAGCAUUUGGAAUACUACAGGCUCGAUGGGCUAUUGUUCGGUGCCCUGCACGUAUGUGGUGCGAGGAUAACCUCCACUCAAUCAUGAUGACGUGUAUAAUUUUGCACAACAUGAUUGUGGAGGAUGAAUUCGAAUAUGUUGAAGAUGAAUCUGAUGAUGAGGAUAUGUGUCCACAACGAUUCAGGAGGGCCAGAGCAAGACAAUAUGUGCUGGAGCCAAGCAUUACAUAUGAGUACCACCAAGAUAGGUAG